AUGGAGGAGAGGCAGAAGGCCUGCCUGGCGGUGGCUGCCUGUGUGAGCACCGUGCUCUGCCUGGUCUCGUCCACAUCUGCCUUCUCGCACGGCGCCGGCCCCUCUGCCUGUGCUGACAUGAUGCCCAGGCACCUGCGGGCUCAGCUGCACAGCCCCACCAACAACUACGUUACUGUCCACACCAACGUGUCCUUCUACGUCCCGGGAGACAAAGUCCCAGUGACAGUGAGGAGCAGCCGGGAUUUCAUGGGCUUUUUGCUUCAAGCUCGCAAAGUGUCUAACGAUGAAACUGCUGGCACAUUUGUCUUCAUUCCUCCUGGCUCCAAGCUGCUGUCUUGCUUUGAAGACGGUGAUACUGUCACCCACUCGGACAAGUCCCUGAAGAGAAACCUGUCCUUUGUAUGGAAAGCACCGGAUCAACCCAUUGGAGACAUCAGAUUUUUCAUCUCUGUAGUCCAGUCAUACUUUGUUUACUGGGCAAGGAUCGAAUCGGCCACCGUGGCUCAGCGAGGGCACAACGACACAUCUGCUGGAGGCAGCAGGAAGGCCGGCCCUGCAGCACCUGCACCCACGCAGGAACCUGCAGGCCCCCACGUAGCUGGCACAGCAAGCAAAGCUGCUGGCGAGAUCAGCGAUGGCCAUGAUGAACUCCCUGAUGAAAAGGCACAAACGGGCAUCCUAGGCUCUGGCUCUUCUACUGCCAUCCCCAGCUCUCUCCAGUACACCAGCCCAGCUCUGGUCAGCCUGACCGGCAUCCAUCCAACACCAGCACAGGGUUCAAGCAUUGCUGUCCACUCAGAUACGCAGCCCACCACAGAGCCAACGCUGUUGUCCCAAACCUUGAGGGGUGCCUCCAGCAGGAGUGGAGGGAGCAGCCCCACGAGCAGCUCAAGGCUGGAGCCAUCGCUUGCCUUCCAAGAGCCAGGCCUGGCCGAUGAUCUGCAAAGCUUCCUCUUCCAGGACUACGCCUCCAAGCAGAGCCUCUCUGGCAGAGCACAAAGUAGCGCCAGCACUACCACCCCACACCUGUGUGUGACGUGUAAAGAUGAGCAGGCAAGUACUGAGAACGGGGCCGCCCUGGAAACUUCCCUGCCUGCAGCAGCCUCUUGGUCUGCCCUACACAUAGGCGCUCACCUGAGUGAAGCUGCCGUGACAACAGCCUGGUUUGGCAAUGAGGACACCGUCAGCAAUUUGUCAUCGGCUUGGAGGCAAAUGGCAGAAAGCAAACCAUCCCAGCGGCCAGAGGAGGGCGAGGAGGAGGUCAGUGAGGAGGUGGGUGGGCACACGCUGCCGUGGGUGACCAGAGCAGGUCCCAGACCCGCUGUCCCAGGGAGGGGGGACGGCUCUCACAGAGGGACACGUCUGAUAGCGGCCCAACUUGGCAUCCUCCUCGUCUGCACGGCGGUGCUGGGGCUGGCCGCGGCGGCUGGCCUGCGCUACGUCUGUGCCCGGUACUGCCACAAGAGGACAGAAGUGUCCUUCAGCGAGCCAGGCAACAACGUCAUCGCUGUGAAGGAAAGCGGGGAGAUGAUGCACUUCCGCAAGAUCCGCGAGAACAGCUUCGUGCUGGUUCAAGCUGAGUACAACUGGAUCGGCCCGUCAAGCAGCGGGACGAGGAGACUAACGUAAACAUGGGCAGUACGCACAAUAGUGCCACGGGGGUGAGCCAGCCACCCCGUAGAUGCAGACGGCUGAGAUACACGUAACACAGCCUCUAGAAAGCAGUAGUGUCCUUGCUGCCUAUAGGCAGACAGACAGGUGUACAAACUCGAUGCAGCUGGCUCAGCUAGAUGUGUUAGCCCAAAUAUCCGAGCUAAGAGAACUAAAGUAACGACUGUUCUGCAUGUUACACCUACCACAAUUGAUAUUGUACAUCUGCUCAUUAACUGUCACUGCAACCAUUACUCUUCCUCUGUUGCUUUAAGGCUGUAGCAAAAACUCUGAAAUUCUUCCUCUGCACUGUGCUGUUGUCUCCUCUUUUAUCUCUGAAAAAGCUUCUAGAGUUAAAAUCCCCUUUCCUUUCCAGGAGCUAGAAACCCUUGGUUUAAACCCCCAUUCUCAUUUAGAAGCUUACAGGUUCAGGUCUGUGCACUUGCUAUGCUUCAGAUGACAAAAUACUUGCCAGUAGAUUCAAAGUUUCAACGGGAAAAUAAAAAGCAUUAAGUGACAAGGACAGAACAUCGAUCCACAGAUUGCUGAAUUGAUCUAAGGGAAAGAAACACAAGGUGGUAGAAACCAGUUUUUGGGGAAGAAACAUGCCUCCUCAUCAGGUGCAAAUGGAAUAAAACCUUUCGUAUCCAUUUGCACCUGAUGAAGAAGCUUGUUUAAGCCUGACAGCCAACAAUUACUUUGUCUUUUACUUUGAGUCAGGCCAGUUGACAGUCCAGUGUGGAAACACACACUGAGAAACACCCUUCCCAGGUCACUUUGGAGGUCCCCGGCAAAGGCUGCCUGGUAAGUUAACAGCAUCCUUGUGCUCUGACUUUGUGCAAACUCUCCUCCAACUGCAUGGUUUUCAGCAGGAGGCCACAAAAACAGCCCUUAGAAAACAAGAAGAACCUUGAUGCAUUCUAAGAAGGGAAGGUGAUGAAAGCAAGGGCAAAGGUUUGUUUUACUGAAACUUCGAAAGAGCAAGAAAUAGUUCUGACGAUGAUCCUCCUGAGCUGUAAACUUAAGAGCCUUUCAGAAAGCAGUGAUUCCCCUCUCUGCUAUCCUUUCCUAUGGCGAAGGGGCUCACGUUGUCUUCCGAGCAGGUGCGUGCAGAACAGACUUUAACUCUGGUGCUGCUGCAACUUAUUCCACAGGCCACAAUGCUCCCAUCCCGCCAAGCUAAGCGCACACCUGCACGUGGAACAGGAUCCCACUUCCUUCCUGGUGAUGGGGACACCAGGCAACUCCCUGCUCUGGCAGCAGGGCUCUGCAGUUAUCCCCAGCCAGCUGGCCAUCUCCAUGCUUCAUAAUCAGAGAAAGCCCCGCUCUCACCUCCUCCCUUACAUUGCCAUGACUUCAGUGGAUACAUGAGAUGCUAUUCCGUUCAGCUUCCUGCAGUGUGAGUAGCAUAGCAUGCCCUUUGCUAAAAGAGUCUUCCACACUCAGAGUUUAUUUCUGGCCACACUACUGUACAGAGACUGGUGACAUGAAACCUUGCAGUCCACACAGCCAAUUUUCUGUCAAUUAAUAAAAUAAACAAGUAAAAAAAAUAAGUGUACUCACAAAUGCAGACUGCAGAAAUGAGGCAGUUUUAACCAUUGCAUUUGCUGAGAAGAGCAGCUGCACCAGGGCCCUUCCACUGCAGGGUGGCCAGGGUUUGGGGUGCUGUAACUGAAAAUUUGCUUCAGGACUCAAGGGACUCAAAGUUUUCCUAGUCAGUAAGUGGAGCUAAAACAUCACCUACUAGGAAGUCUAUAGGUUUUAAGCACAGGUCCAGAUGCAUGCAAUGGAGUUCCCCUUUUAUGUCCCUUAUAGAACGAAAGAAAGAAUGCUUCCCUAACUCAGUGUAGCUGAACCUUCUAGUGACUCAAGUAGACCGCAUUUAAUUCAUUGUUAAUGCAGCCCCAAAAUUCCUAAUUAACUGAGAAAAUAGGUCAACAAACUCUGAAAUAUUUAAAGAACUAUCACAUAUUAUUUCAGAAAACUUCUCGUGAUGGCAUAAUUGUUUAUGAAUAAAUUACAAAUACCUAUGUCCUUUUCCACCCUCUCUCCAGCUUUAAUCUUAUCAGACUGGCACAGCUUGAAAAAUGCCCCUCUCCUCUCCCCAGCACUUUCCCCAUUGCCCAGUACUGUUCUUGCCAGGCUGGCUGCAGAAAACAAAGGCUCUGGUGUGAAAGAAGACAUCUGAUCAGGAGAGGAGCACUUCAGUGGUACUCUUGCCUUCUGCCAAACUCUACCUUCUGUUAGAUUCAUGCAGCUCUGGUAUUAUUAGUAGUAAAAACAGUAAUGGUGAGCUCCAAGGGACUCUCUCCUCUGAAUUAGUAAUGAGUGCUGCUACUUUGUGGACUUGGCUGAGACCGAAAGUGCUUGUGUUUCUCUCUUGCCUUCUGCAUGAUGCUUCGUUUAUUGUCGUUGCCAUGACAAGAAGGAUCGGGGUUUUCUCUCUUCUUAAUGCUGUUAAAAACCCAAGCACUGAUUAAUUCAUUAAGAGGCAAAUCAUUCAAGUGCCCCACGUUCUUAAGUGACCUGCCUUUUAUUGAAAUUAAUCUGUGCUCAUGUUUGUAGAUUUAGAAGAAAAAAUGACAGAGCACAAAAAGAAAAGACACAAACCAUUCCAGGAGGAAUUAGAGCGAGAAGGGCAAGAACUUCCCUUGCAGGGUGGAUGACUGUGUUGGUCACAAACGUGGGGGAUCUUAGUUCCUCCAUGCAGGUCGGCCUGGAGCAGUCUGCACCCACGUGAGGCUGCCAUCCCUCAGCCAAGUGCUUGGUGCCUGAACUGCUGGCAGAAGGUACCAAAAGGAGCUCCCACCUAUCCCUAAUUCACACCCAUCUAUGUCUGCCUCCCACCAAUCAAACAGGCGUCAGGUACAGCUUUGGCAGUGCAAACUCCACUGGCUGCAAUUUUUGACGCUAUGAUGCUUGAGGUUCCUAACUUAAAAAAAAAAAACAGCCAUAAUUUAGAAACAACUAACUACUGCACGGAAAUGCUCGUUUAUCACUCCUUUACCUGCAUGCUCAUUUUACAUCUCACGUCACUGUGAUUGCUACUUUCCCCCCCUCCAUAUAAAGAAAAACCCACUGCCCUCACAUCAUCAAUCCUGGGUGCCGAAUGUCUACUUCCAUCACCAAUUCUAUCUGCUUUUCCACGGUAUCAACAACAGCUUGGUUUUGCCUUUCAUAAGUGUGUCCCCUCUGACUGGGAGCUGAUGCUUCCUCAUACUAUGCUGCAGAUGCCUUAUUAAAAGAUUCCUAACCCAACUCCAGUUCACAGAGGAUGGCAGCCCUCUGCUCUAUCAGUGGCAUUAAAUGUAAGGCAGAGGGGUUACAUUAAGCAAAGCAUUUGGCCCAAAGCUCGGUUAAAUCAUCGUGGACAUCUCCCAUAUUGGUUGAAUUGUCACUAUCAAGCAAAUGUCAAACACGCACUGAUUUUGCCUGCUUCAAAAUGUGUGACAAGACUCACAGGAGAAGUCCAAAGCUGGAAGCUUUCACCGCUGAGAUCACGAGGAGCAUUUCCAUCCAUUUCUGAAGGCCAGGAUCACAUCCCUGCCCCACACGUGUAACCUAACGCCAGCUGGAGCGGUUGCCCAGGAUGUGCAGAAUGGGGCAAACCCCAGCCAGCUUUGUUCUCAGCACUCCUCUCAGAGCAGAGCUGGACGAGAUCCUGGGCAGCACGGGGAUCUGUCACGACGGCACGGCCAGAUCUUUGGCAUAGUUUCUGCAGCUACUGGAGACAACACAAACCAAGAGAGGCAAAGCAGCUGCGCCAGACUGAAACGCUCACCAAGGCCCUGCAACAAACUGAGCACUGGAGAGGCCGUGUGGGCCGCCCUGCUGAGGAGUGAGGUUCGGUCCUCUCCCUCACCCCUGCUGACCUACCUGUGCCUCAGCCAGCUCCUUACUGUGCCAAUGUACGCAUUGUUUCGUAAACUAGCCAUGAAAAAUGCCUGUGAAGAGGAGAUGCUAAAACGAUUCCUGCAGUGUUCAGCUGCAGAAAGACAACUGUUUGCCAGCCAAAACCAACAGCAAAGUAAUGACCUGACCCGCUCAGCAGGUGAACAGCAGAGCAGCCCUUUCAUUCCUCCUGAUAAGCCAGAGCCUCUCCACUGCCUCUGCCACAGUCUCAAGGCUGAGAAUGAAAGCCAGCAGGUCUGGGCAGCUCUGCAGUGCCUCCUUCCUACCUUUUCCCUCCCCUUUCCUUGCAGUUUCCCCCAAGGCACCACACUGUGUACAGCAGGGAAACGAAGCACCUUCCCAUCAGCUAUCCGGCAGGAUUUGGGGGUCGCAACCACCCUGGGACCGUGCACUUAUCUGUAGCCUCUCCUUAGCCUCCCUCUCACCACAGAUCCAUUUUCCCCCCUUCACGUCUCAUUGCAGAAGCACUCUUCUCUCAUUAGCAUGUCUCUCAUUAGCGUGACUCUCCCAGUAAGGCAUUUUGUUAUAUGAUGUAUGAAGGAUCAUGUCUCACACCACAUUUUACUGUAUAUUUAAGUGCAUGUUUUGCUGAUUUACUGCUGUUCUAGGGAACGUCUCCUUCUCUUAGCAGGGCAGGUCCUCAACGGAUGUACCAGCUCUGACUAAUGAUUAUUAGCACAUCCCAAGGUUAUGUACUACAAUCAAAUAAUGUGCAGGAGGGAAAAGAGACUCCAGCUUACUGGGCUAAGGACAAAGAUCACAGCUAGUCUCUGAAUCUUCAGAUUGCAAUAUCCAUUACAGAUUGCCACCUUCUAAUGUCAAAGAAUAAUUUGCUGUUCAGAAAAUGUGUUGCUAUUUCAAAGGCAAGUCAAAGAUCAGACUCGCUGUAUAUCAGUGUGCUGAUGUACAUUAGGAAGUGAUGUCCAGGUACCAAGGACAUUAUGCUGUUGGUAUAGAGGGAAAGACAGAAGAUGUGACUCGCUGAUCUACAUUAUGCAAACACAUGGCCCAAAGUGGAGAAGUAUUUAACCCAGUCAAGUAAAAUGUCACCAGUAAUUCCCAGUGCUUAAUGUCACACAAACACUACAUGUCAGAUAAGUGUGGUCCUCCGUGCUAGCAGCAGACAUGAAGCAGAUCAACCCUCCAUGCUGGAACUUGAUGGGAAGAGUUAAAGUUCCAGUAACCAUGAGCAAGAGAAACUCCCCUGUGGGAAUGCAAAGCACGUUUCUCUCACAACCCUGGCCAGGUAAGUGGGCAGUGCUGCAUGUGGGAACUCUGCCACAACUCUCCAGCUAUUGGCCAAGUGAGGAGCAGGCUUUUUCCUCACAGCCUUUACCUAGAUGCAGUUGGCUGCAAGUCAAAGGUGUCCAGAGCACUAAAGGAACAAAAGACGCUCACAAGUUAAUUUCUAGCCUUUUAUAAACUGUUUUACGAAAGCUUCUUGUUUAUGCCU